AGAGUAUUAACUAGAAUUUGAAAUGGAUAACUCACAUCUUGAUCCGGCAAAUAUGACAUAUUUCUUCCCAUUCGAGAAAACUCACGAUGAGCGUGCGUUUGAUGACUACAUGCAUCAACACUGGGCUGACAGUUUUGUGUAUUCCAGUGUGUACCUAAUUGUGGUUUUUGGAUGUCAACUUUAUAUGGCACAUCGUAAGAGAUUCGAAUUAAGACCAUAUUUAGCACUUUGGAGUGGACUCCUUGCUAUCUUCAGUAUAAUUGGCGCGAUGCGUACUAUUCCAGAACUGAUUUGGUCGUUGUCAAUGGGGUUUGAAUAUUCUUGUUGCAGCAGCUCUUACAUGGGACAAGGAAAGGUUACUAGCUUUUGGACAUAUCUUUUUGUGGUUUCUAAAUUGUUUGAACUUGGAGACACUAUAUUCAUUGUCCUUAGAAAGCAGCCUUUAAUUUUCCUCCAUUGGUACCAUCACAUGAGUGUAUUGGUAUAUUCGUGGUAUAGUUAUCAUGAAAGAAUUUCCACAGGCAGAUGGUUCAUCGUAAUGAAUUAUUCAGUUCAUUCAAUGAUGUACAGUUAUUAUGCCCUUCGUGCCAUGAGAUAUCAAUUUCCUAAAUGGGUGAAUAUGGCUAUAACAUCGCUUCAACUUGUACAAAUGAUUGUUGGCAUUAUUGUAAAUAUUGUUGCAUUUAAUGCACUUAAUGCUGGAAGAGAAUGCAGCAGUAGUUACCAAAACAUUAAAUACUGCAUGAUCAUGUAUUUUAGCUAUCUUGUGCUAUUUUCACAUUUUUUCUACACAACCUAUAUUGUUAAGAAGCCAGCAGUUCAUGAAAAGAAACAUUGAUGACAGUUUUUUUUUAGAUUUGGCAUUUAUUCAAUUUGCAUCAUAGUGCUUCACAAUAUUCAUUACCAGUGAUAUUGCAAAGACUUUUGUAUUUAAAGUAACAUCAUUAUAUAAUAAGGAACUUAAUUACAAGAAUCACAUUAUAACAUAAAUGAUUCUGAAGAUACUGUGCAAUUAGAAAGUGCUCAACAUUUGACCUGAAAACACUUAAAUGUGAUAUUAAACAUGUUACCAAGGAGAUAGACCACUGACAAUAAUGCAUCAACCUAGCCAAUUAGAACUUUUGAAACUCAUCAUGUGAAACUGGAAAUGAAAAUAUAAAGAAUUAUAAAAAUUUCCUUUGCAAAUAAAUUAAGGGACCAAUAUGAUAGAUUUUUUCCAGGGAAUAUAACUGUUUCAAAUUGCAAGAAGAGCGUUGAAAUUUAAUAUUGUAAGUGUUAGGAAAUGAAAAUGGAUGUAUAAGAAAAAGAAGGCUAUUGCUUGAAUAAGUUUUAUACAUUUUGAAGGUUUUAUAAAUUCAGUUAUUUAUUUAGUUACACAAUUACAUUUAAUGUUUUAGACAGUAACUUACAUUAUUUUUUAACUUAUUUAAUGUACUUUUAUGUACAACUAGGUCUUUGUUAGUUUACACAUACGUCAUGACAUGUGUAUAUUAUCAAAUUUGUUAUAUCAGUAUAUCAGUAUAUAUACAUGUAUGUGUUAUAUAUCUGUUUAUACAUUAUGUUUAAUAAUUCUAUCAAGGAUUGAAUACCUUUUUUAAGUUUUAUUUUAUUGUAGAUCAUGUUUUAAGAGAAUUAUGUUAAAUGUUAAGGAUUAGCAUAAAUUUCAGAUUUGAUACAUUGUCUACAAAACCAGAAUUAUCUAUUCAAACAUUGUUUGAAUUUUUAACUGUUAACUUUGUUUGUUGUCAAAUGAUAUGGUUCUCAAUUUUAAAGAUCAAUAUAAUAUAUAUAUAUAUAACUGUUUAAAAAAUUAUAUAUUUUAAAGUUCUAAAUUUAUUAGAGGAAAUUAAAUGUGAAGAUUUUACCAUGGGUUUAAUUACAGCUAUGACUUUACCCAGUCCUUGUACAUUAUUACUUUAUUAUGAUAUGUUUAAUAGUCAAUCCAUCUUUGUGUUCUGUAAGUUAUUUUUCAAAAUAAUCCAUAUGAGUCUGGUCGACCGUCUAUUUAAGUGAAAGUUGUUUAUCUAAAGUAGCUAGCUCAAUCUAAAUUUGUCACAGAUUGGUUAAAUGACUAAAUGUGUUUAAUUAUAUACAUGUACAUGCAAUAGUUCAAGUUGUGUCUUAAAAUAGUUGAUAGGAAGUAUAACAUUUUCUGAUACAUUAAAGCCAGUUUUGCCAAGAGGAUUUUAAUGAUUUUAGUUCCAUAUUUAUUUAUCUUUCAUUUACAUAUCAUGUUCUAUGGUAUAAUUAUCUUCAGUUAACAGUCAUAGUAUUAUGGGUAGAUAAUGUUUAAAAGCAUUAUAUAUAAUUUUAAAUUGUGUCUGUGCAUCUAUUUUUAGUUGUUAGAUAUUGUGAAAUUGAGUAUUGGUGAGUUUAUAAUACAUGUACUUAAAUUGGUUAUAUAUGUAUUUCUGUUCAUCCAGGAUUUUGAUUUUAUGAAGAAACUACAUUGUAUAUAUGUAUGAGAAGUGGCAAAAUUUGAUGAGUAUUCACAAAGUAUGAGGCUUUCUGAAUAAAUUAUUAUAUAGGUAUUUCACCUGCUAGAACAGUUACAUGACCUACUAUUUGACCUUUUAAACUGCUUUUAUUUUACAUAAUAUUUGUCAUGAAAUAGUUUCAGUAUUUACACAACCAGGCACAUGAUAGCCCUGAUAAAUGUUUGACCUGACCAAGUGCAGAACAGAUUAUACAUUGUAUUUAAACAAUUCAAUUUAUUUCAAUUUUAUCUUUUUGCAUUGGAAAAUCUGGAAAAAAGAAGCAGUUAAAAACGAAACUUGACAUGUUAAAUUAGAAUAUUGGGUCUGUAGAGGAGAUAAUUGUAAUGAAGUUAAAACUGUUAAAUAUGUACAGAAAAUCACUAUUUUGAUAGUUAGGACAAAUGUACCCUACUGAUAAGAAAACUUGGUCACCAUGAUCUUUACCACCCUGAGCUGGUGUGUAUCAGUGUGGGACUUUUUUGAUAAACUGUAGCUAGAUAUUGAUUACUGGAAUACUUUUUGAAAUACAUGUACAAGUGAGGCGCGUCAUGACAAAAGCAACAUAAUUGGUUUGCGACCAGCAUGGAUCUAGACCAGCCUGCGCAUCCACACAGUCUGAUCAGGAUACAUGCUGUUUGCUAUCAGUUUCUCUACUUGUUACAGGGUUUGUAAGCGAAAAGCAUGGAUCCUGGUCAGACUGCGCAGGCUGGUCUAGAUCCAUGCUGGUCGCAAACGCACUAUGUUGGUUUUGUCAUGACACUGCUCAUGUAGUUUUUUUGAUGA